AUAAUCUCGUCAUUUCAAAGUUUUAUGUUGAAGUGAAGAGAUUAGUAAUAGAACAUUCAAACAUACAUAUACAUAUGUACUUGUAAAUAUUUAUGACGGUUUUUUAUAUAAAGCUAGAAAACAUGAAUUCAAAUCGGGGGGUUCGAGUGGCUCGGAUAGCAAGUAAACAGGAAAAAAGCUCCAAACCACUGUGAAUUUGAAUAAGUAAAAAGCCCGGAAUAUGUUUAAGUGCAUGCGCAAUGAAUCUACAUACAUGCAACGUGUUGGAAAUAAAUUCUUAUCAAUGACGUACGUAGAAACGUUUUUGGGUGACCAAAGAGAUGAGGGUUGGCGGUAAUCGGAGAAAGCUGCAUAAACAUACACUGUUGCAUUCGAGCAAGACGCCCUCGCCUGUAAAGUCGUUAAAUAUCUACACUCACAAUCUCACUCUGAUGACAGUGCACAAAGGCGCAGGAUCAAAAAGGAUUUUCGACGCCCGCACUGGAAAAAACGAGGUCAGUUCAAUAAAAAUUGUUGCGCCUACAGCAGAGACAUCAGUUCAUUCAGAGCACCGGAGCUAUUAACAUCGUCACUUAGAAAAGACUAAAACUCAAAGACUAUAGCAAAAACUCAAUCAUAGUGAUCAAAACAAAAAAAGGGUAAAAGUUUAAUUAUUUUUUUCUCGUAUAUAUCACAACAAGUGAUUUUUCGAAAUAAAAAAUAAAAAGGUAGACUACACAAGUCAACAUGAGCUGCGGUAAAUGUUUACAUCAUACUUUUAAUUUGGCUUUCGUACUUGGAUUUUUCGUUGCGGCCGCUGUGGCGGUUCCCACUUCAGUGCUGGUGCAGAACUCCGAAGUUACAUCCAACAUCAAUGCUGCUAACAAUGGGCACAAUUUAAUGACAAAAGUAAAACGCUCUUCCACCGACGUAAAUGGAAUGAUGACCAAGGAAGCUAUCAACAACGAGGUCUCUACAACGGCAAAUAAAAAAUCUAGUCCCGAAGUUCUUCCGCCGGCCUUUAAUGUGCCAACCAACCACCAGCAUUUGGAAAAUGGUGGCAAAGAUAGUGGUGACAACAAUUCAAACUCUAUUGCUUAUGUUCAGUCAGCUGGCACAAACUCGAUGCCAUCGAAUGAAAAUAUUAUAAAUUCCGCCAUCGCUGCUGGCCUAACCGCUGCGGCAGUACAAGCAGCUGCAGCGACAAGUCAACACGAACUGGAACAACAACCAUGGAAGCAACAGGCAAAAGUGUAUGGGGAUGAAACUCCCAGCGUUUUGCAAAAGCGAGGUAUUUCGAAUCCACAAUACCUCUAUGGUGCAAUGGGUAUAGGAGGGCCCUAUGGAUCUGGCAGUGGAAGCAGUAGUGGUAACAGCAUAUACGGCAGUGGAGAAUACUACAACAAUGCAUAUUUGAAUAAUCCUAUGCAAGUUAGUAGCGGAGCUGAAUUAGAAACGGUGCCCACUGGCUUUUGGGCAGAUGAAAUGGAUCCUUCAGUUGUCUACACUGAUAUACAGGAUGAUGACUUUUUGAGCGCACCGAGAGCAACUUCAUAUCGCAGUAAAGCUUACGACAAUUUACAAAACAUCCUCAACGCUGAGGCGUAUCCAGUGCCACAGACGCUACACACGAGCCGGUACUAUGGCGCCAACAAUGCUAAUAAGCGGACAAAUAGAUAUGACAACAACAACAAUAGCGGCGUCAGUGGCAGCAGCAGUGGCCGAUUGGCUGAUAUGAGGCUAAAGCGAGAUACUAAACUCACACCAGCAGAUAUGCUGGCUUUGGUUGCACUGGUAGAAGCAGGCGAACGUGCACGGAAGGAGCCCGAAACCGAUACAAGCAACGGAUACAUGUACCCAUCGAACGGCAUUGCUGGUCCUUCAGAGGCUUAUAACACCUAUAACGGUUUUAAAACGUACUAUCCAAUUUCAGCUGGCGCCUAUGAUUAUCCAACCAAUAUAGAUGCAAUAGACAACGGUGGUUCGUGGUUAGAACCAAACAUGAUAGAUUACUACGGUGCGUCAACAAAUGUAGAAGCAAUACCUAAAUACGAACUGCAAAGAGAACAAAAAUACGGUGGAAUACUACCAAGUGGUAAUGGAAAUCGUUAUGGAGUUAAGCGCUUUAUGGUUUCCAAAAAGAAGCGAUCAAUGGGCAAUUUUCUGAACGAACCGGUUUCCAAACCCAGCAUUGGCUAUAAUGUCAAUAGCGAAAAGUUUUACUAAAGUUUAAGACACUUUAAAAAUUUUCCACGCUUGUGGAAGAAAUUAUUUUUUGAAAUGGAUCAAAGAGGUCUAAUUAUUUGCAGACUACUACAAUAUAAUCGAAAUAAACAUAUUUGUGUACUAUCAUAUUUUACUUAGAAAUAAAAUAUAAGGAAUUUCAAACAUACAUACAUACAUACCUUUAUACAUAUAUAUCUGUGCUUAUUGUAUGUAUUUGGCAAGUUUAGACGGCAAUUAUGUGUACAGGUAAUAAACAUGUAAUUAGAAGAUGGAACAAAUGGUUAAAAUGGUUCAACGAUUAUUCGUUACGAUUUAUUAAUUAAAUUAGGGAGAAUACACUAAAACGUAUAUUAUUGGUUUGUGCUAAGUACACAGCUAAGUAAUUAUAAGAAAUAUUCCAGAUGUUGCGGUAUUGAUUGUAUAAUUUCAAAAAUCUUUGUUUGACAAAUAUCGGUAUGUGAAUUAUUUCUUCUGUUAUGGACCUCUUCAAUACCUGCUUUGAAAAAAAAAAUUAUAACUCAUAUAUACCCAGAUACUGUGUACUACAUAUGUAUUUCUUUAUAUGAAUAUAUGUAAUUGGUGAAAUCACAAAGCACCAGAAUACUUUUCUCCACUAGAGUUUUAGCAGCUAUUACUCUAAUAUAUGUACAUACAAAUGUACAUGCAAUUAUAAGAAAAUGUUAAAUAGUUUACUUUAUAAAAUCUGUAUAAUGCAAAGUAAAAUAUUAUAUGUGAACUCUAUGAACCAACACAAUGUAAAUCUUAAAUAACCGAAAGGCUUGUAACGGCUCAGAGCAUAUUAAAAAGAUUAUAAUUAAAUAAAAUCAACAGAAAAACGUUAAA